AUGUCGUCGCCGCAGCUGAAGCGCAAGAUUGACAUCUGCAUCUACGGCGCAACGGGCUACACCGGCAAGCUCACCGCAAAAUAUCUCGCCGAGCAUGCAGACGGAGCCAAGAUCGCUCUGGGCGGUCGCUCGAAGGCAAAGCUAGAGUCGGUAGCGCAAGAAUCUGGGCUCAAAGAUGCAAAGAUCUAUAUCGCCGAUUCUGACGACGAAGCGGCUCUGCUAAAGAUGGUCAAGGAUGUCAAGGUCGUCAUCACCCUUGUGGGACCUUACGCUCGCUACGGCAACAAGCUCAUCAAGGUAUGUGCAGAAGCGGGGACACACUACCUCGACCUGACCGCCGAAGCGACAUGGGUUGCCCAGAAGAUUCAGCAGCAUCACAAGUCAUCCAUGGUCAACCGUGCCAUCAUCGUACAUUCUUGCGGUUUUGACUCUGUGCCGUCUGAUCUGGGCACCCUGCUCGCUGUUCAACUGCUCAAACGGAUCAGAGGUCCCGCCACAUCUGCCGGUCGCGUACGGACUGGCUUCAAGGUCAAAGGGUCUAUCUCUGGUGGCACUUUUGCGACGGCGAUGGAUCUCCUUGCUUCUCCAAGAGAGCUUUACAGAGGCUUAGCCGGCAAUGCCUACGCCUUGUCUCCCAAGAUGGGCAAGCAAAAGCUACGAGGACCCAAGGUGGUCACCAGAGAGAGCGGUCAGUUCGGAUCCUUUUGGUUCAUGGGACCCUACAACACUGCCCUCGUCCGACGCACAUGGGGCAUUCUCGAAGCCACUCGUGCGACCAAUGUGGACGCCUUCAGUUACGGUAGAGACAUGACCUACGACGAAUACAUGACAUGGUGGGACCCUGUCAGUGCGACCCUGUUCAGCUUGUUCUUCAUGCUAUUCAGCUUGAUCGUCAUGUUCCCACCCUUUCGCUUGCUCGCACAGAAAGUCGGUCCACAGUCCGGUUCUGGGCCAUCAGAGAAGCAGAACACAGACGGCUGGUUCAAGACACAUACGUUUGCUCAUUCUGCAGACGGCAAGACGGUCACCGAGGCUGUCAUCUCGGGCAAGGGCGAUCCCGGUUACGCACUGACUGCUCUGAUGUUGUCAGAGUGCGCGUUGUGUAUCAUCCAUGACUACGCAGAUCUGCCCAGUCUCGCUCACGAAGGAGGUCCAUUGACGCCCAGUACUGCUUUCGGCAAUGUGCUCGUUGACAGGUUGCAAAAGACGGGCAAGUUCACCUUUUCGGCCGAAGAAUACACAGGAAAGAAAAAAGCUGGCUCUUCUGUCCUCCGAAUCACGCACUACUUCCUUCGCGCCUAUAUAUCUGAUAAGCAAGCAAAGAGUCAAGAGAUGGUCUUCUUCACUGCACCAGUCGCCGCCGUUGAUCCUUUCGAGGACUUCAUCGGUUCGAUCCUGAACCAAGUCCAUGCCGGCGUGGAGCGAGAGUGUCGUCGACCUGACAAGCGGUCGACUGAAGCACACUUUACGCCUCAGGUCGAUCUUGUCCAGACAGAGGUCAGUCAUUGCGAUGCUAGGGAUUCGCCACUGGCUGACGAGUCGCGGAUUCGACAGAGCACCCAGACAGCAUACAUCAAUCUGCCCGGUAUCCCAAAAGAAGCCGUCAAGCUCGAGUUGCGAGGCGAUGUCGUCGUCGUGUCUGGUCAGCUACCCCGUCCUGCCCAUUACAAUUCGCAGUCUGUCAAAUUGAGCGAGCGACCUUUUGGCAACUUCAAGAAGGGUAUCCGGGUACACCGUCUGACGACUGCUUCUGAUAUCAAGGCGAGCAUGGCCAAUGGCGUACUCAAGCUCGAGUUCCCACUUGUGCCGAGAGCAGCCGAGCCUGCGCCGAUUGCAAUCGAGGACGUUGCCAUGACUGACGAGGCGAGCACGACUGCAGAGCCGCAAGAGAGCGCCGGCAAGAGCACGCAGGAAGAGGAAGACGACUUUGUCGAGGUCGCGGAUAAGCAUGCUCGUGUAGAAGACAGCCCGGAAGAGGCAUAG